AUCGUGGCGGGUGGACGUGUCCUGCCUUCGCGUUACGCGUCCCGAGUGAUUAGUGUUCACGAAAUCACCGCUUACGUGCGGGGUGCUGUGCUAGUGGAUUAAGAUAUUGUGUAUCGUGAGCCUGUGCUUUAGAAUCCUUUCUACGAUCAUAUCGAGAUAACUGCUAAUAUUUUGAUUUCAUAUAACUUUUUUGGUGUCACAGUUUUGGAUUAUUAAAACUAGCGUUUGUAAGAAUGUGAAUUACAUUCCGCAGAGGAGGGCUACGGUAUCAUCGAAAAUUAAAACCGCACACCAUGCGGUGGCGUCAGCGCGCGGUGGCGUGCACGUGAUCAGCUCUGGCAGAAUGGCGGCUCACGUUGCACUAUUCCUUCUCCUCUGCCUCGUCCACUGCCACACCAAGACCGUGCUGCAGGACAAACUUGCGGGUGUGCGCACAGUGGACGUGCAGGCAGUGGAGGGGAUGGUCGCGCAGUUCCCCUGCGAUCUGGGCACGGCCGCCAACGACAAAGUAUACAUGGUGUUCUGGUUUAGAGACGAUGCCGGCAUCCCCUUAUACAGCUUCGACGUGCGAGGCAAGCACCUAUCUGAGGCCAGGCAUUGGUCUGCACCAGAAGUGUUUGGCCCACGAGCUCACUUCUCCACCUCACCACCUCCAGCGUCGUUGCUUGUACGAGACGUCAAGAGAAGAGAUGAAGGCGUCUACCGCUGCCGGGUUGACUUUCGCAACACCCAGACCACCAGUUUCAGAUACAAUCUCACGGUUGUGGUGCCACCAGAGAAACCGGUGGUGGUGGACCGAUGGGGCCGUGUCAUAAACACCACAACUCUAGGACCCCAUGAAGAGGGAGAUGACGUGCUGCUCACUUGCCGUGUACUUGGAGGUCGCCCCGAACCAUCCGUAAGGUGGCUUGUAAAUGGAGUGCUCGUAGACGAAGAAUACGAACACAAUACGGGAGAUGUAAUAGAAAAUAGACUACUUUGGCCGGCGAUACGACGCGCGGACUACGCCGCGGUGUUCACGUGUCAAGCGGCCAACUCACAUCUAGUGCCGCCGAAGGAAGUGUCACUAGUGCUGGAUAUGUUCUUACGACCACUAACGGUGGAGAUCAAAAAGCCGUCUGAAACGGGAGAGGGCGGUGUGCUCACAGCAGAACGGAGGUACGAAGUGGCCUGCGAGUCAGCUGGCAGUCGCCCUCCUGCUGCCAUUUCAUGGUACAAAGGCAAACGACAACUUAAAAGAAUAACGGAGGAGCUCCGCGACAACCUGACCGUGAGCGUCAUGAGCUUCGUACCAACAUUAGACGACGACGGAAAGCCGAUCACUUGUCGCGCAGAAAAUCCAAACGUAACCUCGCUAUACCUUGAAACAUCGUGGACCAUUAACGUUGUUUAUCCACCAGUAGUGAAAUUGAGGCUUGGCAGUUCACUGGCAGCCGGGGACAUCAAAGAGGGCGAUGACGUUUAUUUCGAGUGCCACGUCCGAGCAAAUCCUCCUGCGAGAAAACUCUCGUGGCUCCAUGAUGACCGACCACUGGCACACAACGCGACGGCGCGCGUCUUCCACAGCAACCAGAGCUUAGUGCUGCAGAAGGUGACACGGCACAGUAGCGGCCGCUACGCCUGCUCAGCUCUCAACGCAGAAGGCGAGACCGUCUCCAACGAGCUACAUUUUCGCGUCAAAUAUGCACCAUCUUGUCGCAGUGGUGGCGUGUCUGUGGUGGGCGCAGCACGCGGCGAGUCGGUGGUCAUCGUAUGCGAAGUGGACGCAGAUCCUCCCGCGGCAGUCUUCAAAUGGAAGUUUAACAACUCAGGCGAAACGCUCGACGUCGCAGCAGACAGAUACACGUCUAAUGGCAGUGCUUCCAGUCUUAAAUAUACGCCAGUGGCGGACUUGGACUACGGUACGCUGUCGUGUGCAGCAUCUAACGAAGUCGGCUCCCAGCUAACACCCUGCGUCUUUCAAAUGGUCGCUGCCGGAAAACCACAUGCGCCAAGAAAUUGCACGUUAUGGAAUCAAACAUCAGAUUCAGUGGAAGUUUCAUGCGUGGCGGGGUUCGACGGUGGCCUGCCGCAGCACUUUCUACUCGAAGUUUACUCUGGAGAUGACAACAAGCCCAGGGUGAACCUGACGUCAGAGGACCCGAUAUGGACGGUGCGCGGACUGGAGUGGGAGGUGCGCUUCCGACUGGUCGCGGUCGCCGUCAACAGUAAGGGUCGCUCGUCGGCCGCCAGACUCGACGAUCUGCUCUUCCCUGAUCCUGAAAAAAGAACAGCGUCAGAAAGUGCAAUCGGCGCGGGUGCAGCGGGUGCGGCUGGAGCAACGAUAGCCGGCGCGGGAGCUGCGCUGGCGCUGGCGGGCGCGGCGUGGCGGGCGGCGAGGCGGAGGCGCAAACCCCGCAAGCCACCUGCUCCGCAAACCGAGAAGACCGCCGAUCACGAUGACGCUGAACCUGAUCUCAUACCAAAUAAUUACUGCGAAACUUCAAGUGCACCGUGCCUAGCGGUGUCUUCGCCGGGACGGACGGCUCCCGCGCCACUCACUACACCGGCGUGUAACGGCCCAGGCGCGUCGUGGACGUGGGGCGCUCGCAGCACGACGCCGGCGACGGCGCUCGGCCGGAGCGCGUCCGCGUCGCUGCGACCCGCGCAGGAUCUCAACGUAGACGCCAUCAAGGAGAAGCUACUCGACAACCGAAUCCCAGAGUCUUGCGUUUAGUUGAAUGCUAGUGUAUCGUCUCGUCCCCCAUCAGCCGCGCUACAAAAACUGAUUUAAAAGAAGAGUCAUUCCAAUAAUACUGAUUAAUCUAUUUUUUGUUUAGUAAUUUUAAUAAAAUAAAUAUUUCUCUGUUUGUAUAAUAGAUGACUACAUUUUUCACUGCACAUUUAACUUCGUGAUUUAAACUUGUUCCUCAAAUGGUUGGAAUGUUUUACUUUAGAAGCUGAGUAGCGUCUACUCAAGGCUGGUGCGGGGCGGGCUCUGGUUGCACGAUGCGUCUCUAAUUAAAGUACUGUCUGCCCUCUGUUUCUUCCCGACCCUCGAGUACGCCGAGCGUGAUUCAUUUUACCGCGGCCCUCGCAGACGGCUUUAGGAGAGACGGACCGUGUGUUCCUCGUGAAACUUGUCCUAUGUAAAUGUUGUAGCUAUCGCCAUCUCGCGGUCACUCGAGUUAGUUAUGUAAGAUGGAAAGUCGAUUUUAGUAGUAUAAUUAUCGCCUUCUUUUAAAAUCAUUAAUUUAAAAAAUAUAACAUAGCGAAUAAUCGUCACAAAAAUGUUUAAGAAAUUUCGAUUAAUAUAAAUCUGUAGUCGAUUUUAAGGAAUCAACUUUGUCAAAUUAAAUAUAAUAUUAUUGAAAUCGACUAUUCUGGAAGUAAUAUUAAUCCGGAGACUAUAAUUCUGUUAUUUCGUUUAGAUAAAUCCUGUGAUGUACAUAGUAGUUCGUAAGCGACUGAGUCUUUGCCACUUUUUUACAUGUCUACGAGUCUAGCUAAUUUGUCGUUUGAAGAGGCGAUGACGUCAUCGAUAUCUGGAGAGCGCUCCGUGUAAAUAAACUUUGUAACUUCUCGAUGUUAAGGUUUCCAUGUCGGCUUAGGAGAGCUCUCUCGGCUGAGUGAGUCAUAGCACUUACCCAUUAUUUUAUUGUUUUAUUUAUAUAAGUACAAGUU